AUGGGCGAACUCCCACCCGAGUCAGUUCAAUUCAAAAUUGAACCAGAGCUUAUUCCUGCGAAAAACAUCGCAAGAGAUGGCAACUUUCCUACCUGUACAGGAGGGCUUGGUGACAUCUGGAAAUGUUUAUUGACUACACGAUCUGGAGCCCAACGUCCCGUCGCUGUCAAAUCUAUCAGGGUCCUUUCGGUAACAGAUGUGAAGAUAUUGAAAGCGAUAGGCAAGAAAGUUCGUCGUGAGGCCUAUGUUUGGAUACAGUUGGAACACGACCACAUUCUCCCUCUCGAGGGCGUGACUUUCGCUGAAGAAUUCGGGCUACUUCCAGCAUUAGUGUCUCCAUGGAUGGAAGAAGGAUCGCUGGACGAAUACUUGAAGCGCAAGUUUUCCAAACUGUCUGACCCUAGAAAACGAGAGCUUGUAUGGCAGGUAACUGCUGGUAUCAGUUACCUGCACGGCAAGGGUAUCGUGCACGGCGAUUUGACAGCGACGAAUGUUUUAGUUGACAGCUCCGGUCGCCUCCGUCUCGCAGACUUUGGUCUAUCGAUGAUUCUUACCGAGGCAGGGAACGCCACAUUCAACUCCUGUCACGCAGGAAACGUACGUUGGAUGCCCCCAGAGGCUCUCCGAGACGGAGAUGAAGACGAUGACGAAGCUAAAGACGAGAAGCCAACUAAAGCUUGGGAUGUCUAUUCGUAUGGUUGUAUAGUAUUCCAGAUCUUCGUGGGAAAUCAGCCCUACGCGUGGAUAACUAGCGUUCUACAAGUCAUGGGCGCGAUGCAGAAAGGACGUGCACCUUUCAGGGGCAUAGAGAAUCAUGGGGUGUAUCAACAAUUCUCACCGUGCUUGAAUAAGACAUCAGCCCAUCGCCCGACGAUAGACGAUAUCAUGGGAUUUCUGGGGCCACGGUAAGCAUCCUCAUGUAGUGAG